GGAGCGCCGCCGCCGCGCUGGCAACAGGAGGCGCGUUCUCGUGCUUGCACUUUGUGUUUGGCUGGCGCAUCGUCGUUCUCUCCGGGCAAACACCAGAAGUGCGGUCCUCAUCGGCUCAGUGCUUCAGCACCACAAUGCUCCUGGAUGCCGCGUAGGAAACACGCGCACGCACAGAGGCAGUCCCGGAUCUUGACUUUGUUGGACCGGUUCGGUGCAUCUGGUUUGCCAUCGCGGUUUACGCUGCAGGCGCUGCUGGCUGUCCCGCAUGGAGACGCUCCGGUUCGGAUAGCGAGACUCAGCCGCGGAGGAACCUGCGCCGGAGGCUCUGUCGAAGAGGCGUCCGCAGUUCUGAUCCCACCCGCCUCCCCCCCAUCAGCCGGCCUUGCAUGGAGGACACGCCAUGGCCGCGUUCGUGUGCAGGGUGCAGUUCUUAGACGAUACGGAUCCGUUCAACAGCACCAACUUCCCGGAGCCCAGCAGACCCCCGGUGUACACGUUCAGGGAAGACAUCCCCCUCAUCAAUCAGAUAGCCGGCGUGCACAAGCUGCUCGGAGCCCCCCACAAGCCCGACGACUGCGCUCUUCAGUUGUCUCAUAAUGGGAGCUAUCUGGACUUGGAGUCCACGCUGGCAGAGCAGAAAGAUGAACUGGACGGAUUUCAAGAGGAAGGAGGGAGAGGCAGAAAACACAGCCUCAUACUUCGAACGCAGCUGUCAGUCAGAGUCCACGCUUGCAUCGAAAAACUCUACAACUCGACUGGAAGGGAGCUGAGGAGAGCCCUUUUUUCCCUCAAGCAAAUCUUCCAGGACGACAAGGAUCUGGUGCAUGAGUUUGUGGUGGCCGAGGGACUGACGUGUCUGAUCAAAGUGGGCGCCGAAGCCGACCAGAACUACCAGAAUUACAUCCUCAGAGCUCUGGGACAGAUCAUGUUGUUCGUGGAUGGCAUGAAUGGCCUCAUUGGCCAUAACGAAACCAUCCAAUGGCUCUACACCCUUGUUGGAACCAAGUUCCGACUGGUGGUGAAAACGGCCCUGAAGCUCCUGCUGGUGUUCGUGGAGUACGCGGAGUCCAACGCCGCCGUGUUCAUUCAGGCCGUCGGCGCCGUGGACGCCAAAAAAGGCACAAAACUGUGGGGGAACAUCAUGGAGAUCUUGGACGAGAAGGACGGAGUGGAUACGGAAUUGCUGGUGUACGCAAUGACACUCGUCAAUAAGACUUUGGCCGGUCUUCCUGAUCAAGACUCUUACUACGACAUGGUGGACUGUCUGGAGGAGCAGGGCAUCGAGGCCUUGGCCCAGAGGCACCUAAGCAGGAAGGGUUCUGAUCUCGACCUUGUGGAGCAGUUGAACAUCUACGAGACGAGCCUCCGCCGCGAGGACGGCGACGACGAAACGCAGCUGCCUCCGAGCGGCAGGAAGGAGCGGCGGCGGUCGAGCGCGGGCGGCAGCAACGAGCGCCGCGGCCCGGAGCGGCGACGCAGCCGCAGGCAUUCGCUCCAGAACCGCAGAGGUCACGCGUCGGCGCCGGCGUCGCCCUGCGGCCCGCACGCUCACGGGACCGGCUACCUGCCCUUCGCUGGCCAGCGUGUUGAAGACAUCAGCGAAAGGGUUACUUCGCAACAGACUCCAACGUCGCCCAGCCGUCGGUUCACUAGUACGGCAACCUGCACCCCAGAGUCUAAAACUGACAGACCCACUUCGGGAGGCCUGCUGAGUUCCUCGUACAAGCAGCAUCAGGAGUCUCUGGCUGCAGAACGGGAGAGGAGGCGCAUGGAACGAGAAGAGCGUCUGCAGAGGAUCGAAAGGGAGGAGAGGGACCGCUUCAACCGAGACUAUGCCGGCAAAAGGGAAGAAGCGAGACAAGCCAGAGAAGAAAGGUACAAGGCCGUGGAGAAGAUGGCGGCGGAGGAGUUUGAGCGAGAGCGGCCCAAGCUGCCCCUGAGAGGCCGCACGGAGAUCACGCUGUGUUUGAGCUCCAACCCCGCCGUCCGAUCGGCGUCCCGCUGUUCCACCGCUUCGCCCGUCGCCUCACAGCAAGAAAAGGCGACCGGUGCUCAGCGGACCUCAGGAAAUGAACAGAUCCCCGAGUCAAAACCCGUCUCUCCAACAGGAAUAAAAAGUCCAGCAUCAGAGCGAACGGGAUCAGAACUUUGUCCCUCACUUCCUUCGCAACCAAAUAUGGCUGCAAAAGAGCCGCCGGCAGACACGGAGGAGCUUUCUGACGUCCGACCGGUUCAGAAUGUGGUUUUAGAGCCAGGGGGACGUACGGAGGAGGGAGUGGGAAGUGAAGAGAGGCUGGAAGGAGGCGACUUUGAGGAGCAAGGAGAGCGGGACACUGCAAGUGAAGUUGAAGAACUGGCGGACGUGGUGGAAGGUGCCGAUGGGGUGGAAGGACCCGAUGACGCUGAGGCAGCGAGUGAAGCGGCGGUAGUGGAUGUGGAAGAUGUGGAAUUGGAGGAGGUUUGCGAGAGGGUUCGAGCCGUAGACGGGGACGUGGAGGAACGGACGGCGCUGAGCGAGAAGGAGAGGCAGAACGAGGAAGUGAACGAAAAGGACAACUGCUCCGCAUCCAGCGUCUCCUCCACCAGCAGCACUCUGGAGAGGGAGGAGCGCGAGGAAAAAGCCAAAAAUGACAUUGAAGCAGGCCGGUGGAGUCAGUGCAUCGAAGAGCCAGGAGAGAAGGACGUCCUCGACAACAAGCGCUUCAUGCUUGACAUGCUCUACGCUCACACCUCCAACACGGACGAGGACAACGCCGGCGGGGACGAGGAGAAAGAAACGCGACGCAGUCAAUGUGAGAAGGACUCGGAGGCGGCCGAGCCCUCUGUGGCGACUUUGGCCAGCAGGAUCUCCACUUUGGAGGCACACAGGCAGGCCAGAGAAGGAAAUGUGAAGAAAACGGAGGCGGGCAGCGCCGACAAGCAAGGCAGCGUACGGGCCGUGGCGGAGAGAUUUAACGAUUUGGUCAAAGGUCUGACGUCUCCCGUCGACGCCGAGUCGUCAAAGGAUCCGCAGCGCGCUCUGAGCGACAAAUCCUCCGCCGUCGUCCCGUCGGCCCAGAAGAAGGAAUCGGACCAGAUCUGGGACCAGCUCAUGGCCGCGCCCAGAGAGCUGCGCAUCAAAGAAAUGGAUUUCACCGACCUGCGGGACGAGGAUGACGUGGAUAUUUUAGAUCUGGACAGCGUGGUGGGGUCUGGCGAUCUAAUCCCGCCCCCGCCGCCGUGCAAUGCUGCUCUACCGCCACCCCCGCCCCCUCCCAUCCUUGGCAAAAUGGUGCUCCCGCCUCCGCCCUUCUUGCCCCCUCCGUCCCCUCAGCUGACUCGGGGAGAAGUUCCUCUCUUCCUCAAGAAGAAGAAGACCAUCCGGCUCUUCUGGAACGAGGUGCGCCCCAUGGAGUGGCAGUGGAAGAGUCACAAGUUCUGCAAGGAGUCCCUGUGGUCCAAACUCGAGCCACUCAAACUGGACACAUCCAAGCUGGAGCAGCUGUUUGAGUCCAAAUCCAAGGAGCUGCCCGUUACUAAGAAAGCGGCCGUCGACGGCAAACGACAAGAAAUCAUCGUCCUGGACUCCAAACGCAGCAACGCCAUCAACAUCGGCCUGACCGUCCUACCUCCCCCUCGCACCAUCAAGACGGCCAUCCUCAACUUUGAUGAGUACGCGCUGAACAAAGAAGGCAUUGAGAAAAUCCUGACCAUGAUCCCCACGGAGGAAGAGAAGCAGAGGAUCCAAGAGGCUCAGCUGCUUAAUCCCGAGAUUCCCCUGGGCAGCGCCGAGCAGUUUCUCCUCAUCCUCUCCUCCAUCAGCGAGCUGUCAGCCCGCCUGCAGCUGUGGGCCUUCAAGAUGGACUAUGAGCUUAUUGAGAAGGAAGUCGCGGAACCCCUCCAGGAUCUCAAGGAAGGGAUGGACCAACUGGAGAGGAACACAACCCUGCGCUACAUCUUGACCACCCUGUUAGCCAUCGGCAACUUCCUCAACGGCACCAAUGCCAAAGGCUUCGAGCUGAGUUACCUCGAGAAAGUCCCCGAAGUGAAGGACACGGUUCACAAGCAGUCCCUGCUGCACCACACCUGUGCCAUCGUGGUGGAGAAGUUCCCGGACAGCUCCGACCUCUACUCCGAGAUCGGCGCCGUCACCCGCCUCGCCAAGGUGGACUUUGACCAGCUUCAUGACAAUCUGGCUCAGAUGGAGCGAAGGUGCAAAGCGUCGUGGGAUCACCUCAAGGUCAUCGCCAAGCACGAGAUGAAACCUGCACUGAAACAAAAAAUCUCCGACUUCCUCAAAGACUGCGCGGAGAGGAUCAUCAUCCUCAAGAUCGUACACAGGAGGAUAAUCAACAGAUUUCACGCCUUCCUGCUGUUCCUGGGCCAUCCGAUAUACGGCGUCCGCGACGUCAGCGUCCACCGCUUUAGCAAGAUCCUCAGCGAAUUUGCGCUGGAAUACCGCACAACCAGGGAGCGCGUGCUGCAGCAGAAACAGAAGCGGGCCAACCACCGCGAGAGGAACAAGACCAGAGGGAAAAUGAUCACAGAUAGCGGGAAAUUCGGCGGCGCCCGCCCCGACGCGCCCGAGUGCCAGCCGCGUGGCAUCCAGUACGCCGAGGACGCCGCCGAGCACGAGAACAUGAAGGCCGUGCUCAAGGGCGCCGCUCAGAGCGGAGACGGCGAAACGUCGGCGGUGCCGGGCCUCCGCGCUCGCACGCGGGCCAGCACCGCUGCAGCGCGCACGCCGCCGUGGUGCAUCGCCAACGACGACGCCAUCAACUGCACGGACGACACGGCCGACGAGAUCAUGGAGCGGAUCGUGCGCUCGGCCACGCAGGCGCCCGGCCCGAGGACGCAACCUCGCGAGAGGCGGCGCUCCAGGGUCAACCGCAAAUCACUGAGGAGGACCCUGAAGAGCGGCUUGACAUCGGAGGAGGCCGGCGUUCUGGGCUUGUCCGGUGGCGCCGACGUGCAGGUGUGAACAGGAUCGGAGGACCCCGCGCUCGUCCACACCUCCCUCGCCCCGGCUGUCGCACCGACAUGGACGACUUGUUUGCGCUUCUGUGAGAUGUCGAAGAAGAAUCCGAGCAGCGGCAUUGAGACCACUUGAGCUUCGCUACCGGCAGAUCCCGCCUGCACUCCUGCGGCGCUUGACCUCCCCUCCCGCUUCCUCUCUUUCGUACCUAAAGCACUCCCGUGUGCUCGCGCGUGUUUGCGUUCUCCGGUCGUCAAAGUGAAAGGGACGAGUCCAAAGACGUCACCCGCGUCCGUACAACUACUACUGUGCUCCGGAAGGUGAAACCCCCGCUGAGCGAUGGAGAAAACGUGAAAGACUUCACAAAAAGAUGGACAGUAGCACGUUGUAUUCGCGUGAAAUCGAGCAGGUUGAGGAUUUGGCUCCAACAUGUCGGUUGCUCAGCGGCGUUUGGCGCACAGCGGGAGCUUCUGUUAUCCCAGCUGCGCAUUUCAGUGCCUUUCCGAGACACUUAUUUAUUCAAGAAGGUUUUUCAGGGACAUCUCGUCAGAUGAGGGCCGACCACGAGCUGCGGCGUUCGCUCGAUUUGCAGUGACGCUUAUGAUGGCAACUGUUUCCCACAACGCCUUACGCGUCAGUUCGCACCAGCGGUUAAGUUGAAAAGUGCACGAAACGGGACGUCGCUGGAGAUUCAGUGACGAGCGCUCUUCCUCGCUUUAAAAUGAAUGUGAAAAUCACCAUUUAACUUAUAUUUCUUGACAUCUAUAUUGAAGUGAUGUAAAAAAAAAAAUAUAUAUAUAUAUAUUAUUUUUUAAAUGUUGGCUAGUGCUAUAGAGCUCGUGCACGUGACGUCACCGUUUUCACGCCGCCAUAUUGCCGGUCAAAAAGAUCUGCUCGACAGUGUGGGGGACACUGAACCGGAGCAGAACAUACACAACGCCCGAGACUUGUUGUGCUGUUGGUUGUUACAACAGAUGAGACAGAGAUUCAAAGAGAUCAUUCAAUGGAAUACCCGUUGGAAAGAUGAGAAAAGAUCGAUGGAUUUCGGCUAUUAAACGUGAUGAAUGGUGCCCGACCAAAUACACGCGACUGUGUAGCGAUCACUUCACUCCAGGUAGGAAUUAUUCUUCUCAAUCUCAAAUUCCCAAGAAGUAUUUAUAAUGCCAAGUUGGCUCAUUUGAGAACAAUGCAUUAAAAGAAAAACAAAAACAAAAAAACGUUAAACUUCGGUAAACCUCUCCCCGACAGACUUUUUUUUUUUUUUAAUAUGCAUUGUUCUCAAAUGAUUCCAAUGCGUAUUUAAAAAAAAAAAAAAAGAAACUAAACCGUUUGCCACAGUGAUGUUUACGGAGGUUAGCGUGUGGCCGCAACAUGCUUCCGUGCACAGGGGCUGAAGCCUAUCCCAGCGGUUUAUUUUCUUUUUUUAAAAUACGCAUUGGACUCAUUUAAGAAGAAUGCAUAUUAAAAAAAAAAAAAAAAAGUCUGUCACAGAGAGGUUUACCGAAGUUUGAGUGGCUGCAAUAUGCUUCCAUGUACGGAGGAGGCGACUUGCUGUCUUAAUUUUUUUUCCAAUCAUCGUAAAGUAAAGUCAAACCAGGGGUCAUUUAUUUAAAUAUUGGUAUUUGUAUUGAAAAAACACGAAUGGCUCCACCACUAUGUGGGAUUUAUUCGUAAUUGAUAACAGAUCCAGCAACAAAGUAUUUGUAUGCGUCCAGACUUUUCAACGCUUUCAAACUCUUCCAUGUAAAUCUCGACGACUUACUCGCCGGAGCCAUCUGUAGAUCCAGUUGUCCAAGACAAGCGGAAGCGGGUUAACGGUCCAAUUUCUUAUCGGCAAAAACAUCGACUUCAGCGUUAAACAUGGGUCCUCUAGGCCAAGUGUCUCUCAUUUUUCCACGUACCUUUUGUUUAUGAUCACCUUCUCAAUGUUUAACAGUAUCAGAGAAAAUUCUGGUCUACAUAUAAGACCUAUUUUCAUUCUGUCUCCAACCGACUUAGCAUUGAAGAAUGCUUUGUUUGACCGGCACUUCCAGCCGGUGACGUGAUUUGAUGACGUAGGUGCGCGAGCGCUAUAAUCCAGAACAUCAUUUAACAUUUUUUUUUUUUUUUCUAUACUUCCAAGUCCUACUUUGCUAUUUAGAAUGGGACAGCAUAGCUGUUGAAAGUCCGUCUGAAAGAAGAAGCAGAUUUUAGUGAACUCUGAUCAGCACCUUAGAUUCCAAGUGUAGCAUCUAAAAUCCUUAGGACAAAGGAUAUAUAUUUUUUGAUUUUUUUUUUUUUUUCCAUCCAAGCAGACAGAUGUGUAAAGUCAGUUAGGCCAGUGAUGUAAAGUUUUUUUUUUGUUGUUGUUGCUCAAUUUGUAGAAUAGUGUAUGAUAGCGUAAAAGCAUUAUUAUGAAUGUAAUUUAAAGCUUUGUUGUCGGAGUCUCUUUUGCAAGGGUUCGAUACGAACGCCGGUUCUGCGCUCUGGACAAUUGACGACAGCUUUGACCUCAUCGUUGCACUUCCCAACGCCGCUCUCCAAACAAGCAAAGCUUCACAUGCGGCCAAGAACAAAGUCACUAUUUUUCAAUAAAGGGCUCGUGAACACCA